ACGAGCUGAGCUUGUUUUGCUCCUCGGAGACUGGAUUAAAGUGUGUGAUGUCACCGUGCUCGUGCGCGUGCACGCGAGGGGUUGUUCGGGAGCUGCAGCUGAAGCAGCGACAGAAAGCGAGACUGCCCCGCGCGACCGGCUGCUCCUCUCCAGCCCCAAAAUGCGAAGUUUGUUCUCAGUGACGCUGCUGCUGCUGCUGGCCCUGACGCUCACCGCUGAGGCCAGCAAAAGAGCCAAACAUCACAAAGGUGUGGCCGUCCUUCAUGUUCUAAAUGAAGCUGGCAGCGCUGCGUCUGGGAGGCAGAGGGGGGGACGUGGGGCGGCUCUGUGGGUUCAAAGUUCAAAUCUUCUUUCAGGUGACUGCAAGUACAAGUUUGGGCCGUGGGGAAACUGCGACGCCGCCACCAACACCAAGACCCGAUCAGGAACGCUGAAGCGAGCGCUGUUCAACGCCGAGUGCCAGGCCACCGUCAAGGUGUCCAAACCCUGCUCCCCCAAAGUGAAGAAGGUCAAAGGUGAGAGUCCUCAGUAACCUUUAACAGUCACUGCAAC